AUGGCCGACGCUGCAGAGGGAAACAGCCUCGUUGCUGAGCCUCUCGACCUGGUUCGCCUCUUGCUCAACGAGGUUGUCUUUGUCAAGCUCCGUGGCGACCGCGAGCUCAAGGGAAAGCUUCACGCCUACGACAGCCAUUGCAACUUGGUGCUUGGUGAGGUGGAGGAGACCAUCUAUGCCAUUGACGAGGACGACGAGGAUGAAGAAGUCAAGACUAUUAGCAGAAAAUCAGAAAUGCUGUUUGUUCGAGGUGAUAGCGUCGUUUUAAUAUCGCCGCAAGUUCCCUUUUAA